GGUGUUUUUGAGAGCCAUCAACAAAUUUGCAGAGACAAUGAACCAGAAGUUUCUGGAGAAUAUGAAUUUUGAAGUCCAACUGUGGAACAACUAUUUUCAUUUGGCUGUGGCUUUUAUUACUCAAGAUUCACUACAGCUAGAAAAUUUUUCCCAUGCAAAAUACAACAAAAUCCUAAACAAAUACGGAGAUAUGAGACGUUUAAUUGGCUUUGCUAUUCGUGACAUGUGGUACAAACUUGGAAAUAAUAAAAUCUGCUUUAUUCCGGGAAUGGUGGGGCCCAUCUUGGAAAUGACUCUUAUUCCAGAAGGUGAGCUACGAAAAGCCACGAUCCCGAUCUUCUUUGACAUGAUGCUGUGUGAAUAUCAAAGGACGGGAGAAUUCAAGAAGUUUGAAAAUGAAAUCAUUUUAAAGUUGGACCAUGAGGUGGAAGGAGGACGUGGAGAUGAACAGUAUAUGCAGUUGUUUGAGUCCAUUCUUAUGGAGUGUGCCUGUCAGCACCCUGACAUCUAUAACUCAGUUGAAAGUUUUGUCAACCUGGUGAAAGGGCUCUUGGCAAAGUUGCUGGAUUACCGGACUGUGAUGAGCGAUGAGAGCAAGGACAACCGCAUGAGCUGCACCGUGAACCUGCUGAAUUUCUACAAAGACAUUAACCGUGAAGGGAUGUAUAUCAGAUAUUUGUAUAAAUUGCGAGAUCUUCAUUUAGAUUGUGAGAAUUACACGGAAGCUGCAUAUACUCUUCUGCUCCACACAUGGCUCUUGAAGUGGUCAGAUGAACAGUGUGCACCGCAGGUCAUGUCAACAGAGUUCCAGUGUUCCCAGACUCACCGACACUUGAAGGAGAAUUUGUACGAGAAGAUUAUAGAUUACUUUGACAAAGGAAAGAUGUGGGAAGAAGCCAUAUCUUUAUGUAAAGAACUUGCAGAGCAGUAUGAAAAGGAAGUUUUUGACUAUGAACUUUUAAGCCAAAACCUGAUUCAACAAGCUAAGUUCUAUGAAAACAUCAUGAAAAUUCUAAGGCCUAAACCAGAUUAUUUUGCUGUUGGAUAUUAUGGCCAAGGAUUCCCCACAUUUCUAAGGAACAAAGUAUUCAUCUACCGCGGGAAGGAGUACGAGAGGAGGGAGGAUUUCCAGGCGCAGCUCAUGAGCCAGUUUCCCAACGUAGAGGAGAUGACCACGACCUCGGCGCCUGGGGAGGAGGUGAAAAACUCUCCUGGCCAGUACAUUCAGUGUUUUACUGUGCAGCCAGUCCUGGAGGAGCAACCUAGAUUCAAAAAUAAAGCAGUACCUGAUCAAAUUAUUAAUUUUUACAAGUCCAACAACGUGCAGCGCUUCCACUAUUCAAGACCAGUCAGAAAAGGAUCUGUUGACCCUGAAAAUGAAUUUGCUUCUAUGUGGAUUGAGAGAACAUCAUUUGUUACGGCAUACAAACUUCCAGGAAUUUUACGAUGGUUUGAGGUUGUCUCCAUGUCUCAGACUACAAUUAGUCCUUUAGAGAAUGCCAUUGAGACCAUGUCCACAACAAAUGAAAAGAUUUUGAUGAUGAUUAACCAGUACCAGAGUGAUGAAAACCUUCCUAUUAAUCCACUGUCCAUGCUUCUGAAUGGAAUUGUUGAUCCAGCUGUUAUGGGAGGCUUUGCUAAGUAUGAGAAGGCUUUCUUUACAGAUGAAUAUAUCCGAGACCAUCCAGAGGAUCAAGAAAAGCUGAACAGACUCAAGGAUCUAAUAGCUUGGCAGAUACCUUUCCUCGGGGCUGGAAUUAAAAUUCAUGAAAGAAGAGUUUCUGAUAACCUUCGUCCUUUCCACGACCGUAUGGAGGAGUGUUUCAAGCAUUUAAAAGUUAAAGUGGAAAAACAAUACGGAACCAGAGAAUUGCCAGAUUUCGAUGACAAGAGAGUAGGACGGCCAAGAUCAAUGCUAAGAUCCUAUCGCCAGUUGUCAGUUAUUUCACUGGCUUCCAUGAAUUCAGACUGCAGUACUCCAAACAAAAUUCCUUCAGAAAGCUUUGAACUGGAAGCAGUGCUAUCAAAGCCAGUAAAAUCAGAAUCAGAGGAGAAUACUUUGCCAAGUAACCCUCACCCUGAGGUAAAAAUGAGAAGGUCCAAAAAAAGAACAAAAAGAAGCAGCGUGGUGUUUGCUGAUGAGAAAACGGCACCCGAUAUUUCCAUCUCCGACAUGAAAAAUUUGUCACGGAAGUACGAGUUCAUGAGUGACACCAACCUCUCGGAGCACGUAGCAGCCCCUCAGAAAACAUGUGUCCUCAAGCAGAUGAGCUCCGUCAGUCGUUCUAUGCCCACUAUCGCAGGAUUAACCAUGUCAGUGAGCCCGGCGGUGCCUGAUGAAGUGAUUGCAUCACACAGGCUCAGUCAGCCCGUGUUUCCUUCCACCUCAGAUGGUGACAAGAAAAACUUCAAAAAAAAGAAAGUGAACCAGCUAUUUAAGACAAUGCGCAUUUCCAAAGUUCUGGAAGAUGGAAAGCACUCUUCUGUGGAGCACCAUUUCAAAUCCUCUACGGAUCUGUGACUUCUUUUAUCUCCAAGACCAUUUGCA